CCUGCGCACUGCCCUCCAGGGUGCUCUCGGGGGCGCCACGCUGGCACGCCAGGGUCUUAGGCCCAUUGCUAUGGGUCUUCCCGGCCCUUCUGGAGCUACAGGUAGAGUGGUGCCCCAGAGCCGACUGUGUGCGAGGUGCACCUGCGCUGGCUCGCUCAGCCUGGGAGGAAAUGAGGGGCUAGGAGGUUAAGUGAUCAGCACAUAGUAGGUCUAUGGAGUGGAAGAGAGAGAGAGAGAGAAGUGAGCGAGGCGCACCAGGAUUCCCCUCUGCAGUCUUGCUCAGUCCGCAGACUGGGAGCCCACCCGCCACCUGGAAUCUCCCUCCCCAAAGCCUUGGAGAGACAGGACUGAGUGGGAGGGGGACAAGGAACGUCCCAGUGGGAGACCACAGGCCUCUGUCGCUGCUCCAUCUGAUCUCCAGGAGCGCCAGGCUCCAGACUGCCUGGAGCGCUGAAAGAGUUAACCAGGAACGCCUCCCCGCUGCGGUUUUGUGGUCGAAACCAUGAUUGCCAGGAGCAAAUUUUUGUCGUGCACAAGGUGUGUUAUUAAAAGUCGGAGUUACGCUGCUGGUGAAUGAAAAGUUAAAAGCCCUCAUUAAGCUCCGCCUGUAAAACAGGCGGACUGGGGCUGAGACAACCCUAACGGCGAGGCUUGGGGUGCAGGACGCUCCUGAGGUUCCUGCUACUGCACUGGUUGGCACAGCGAGGGCCUGGUCAGGUGCCUGGAGCCACAGACAGCUUCAGGGGGCGUCCACACAGAGGAAGGCCAGCCGGAGGAAGGGCUACAGGGCUGAAACACAAAUAGCAUAUGCUGGUCGGGCCCAGUUGGUUGAAAAAAAAUAACAGCCAAGCAUCGAUUGAGAGCUGACUCCACAACAGAUUCAGUGUCCAGUGCUUGAUAAAUACAUUAUGUCCCUUAACCUUCCCAGGGAUCCAACGAGGAUGGGAGUAUAAAUUCAGUUUUGCCGAGGAGAGGGGUGUGAGACUUGCCCCAGGCUUGCUCAAGAUCUCAAGGAAGAGCUGUGAUCUUAACUGGGUCUUAACGGAGGGGCGAAAAGGAUACGCCACAGCAAUAUGUCACCCUGCCUCCUGUCUGUACAGAUCCUGAAAAAAAAAGACGAGGCGAUAUGCCCAACUGCUAACAGCGGUUAUCUCUGAGUGGAGGAAUGCAGUUUCAGGUCUGUGCGACUGCUAAAGAAUGACCCGGUCAACUUCCAGAAGUUCCCCUACACGAGUGAGGACGAGGCCUGGAAGACGUACCUGGAAAACCCGUUGACGGCCGCCACGAAGGCCAUGAUGAGGGUCAAUGGGGACGAUGACAGUGUUGCAGCCCUGAGCUUCCUCUACGACUACUACAUGGGCCCUAAGGAGAAGCGGAUCCUGUCCUCCAGCACUGGGGGCCGGAACGACCAAGGAAAGAGGUACUACCAUGGCAUGGAAUAUGAGAUGGACCUCGCUCCCCUUGAAAGUCCCACGCAUCUCAUGAAAUUCCUGACUGAGAAUGUGUCUGGAACCCCAGAGUACCCAGAUGUGCUCAAGAAGAAUAACCUGAUGAGCUUGGAGGGGGCCGGGCCCACUUCCGGCAAGGCAGCUCCCCUCCCCCCAGGCCCCAGCAAGCUGGAAGCUGGCUCUGUGGACAGCUACCUGCUGCCCACCAGUGAUAUGUAUGAUAACAGCUCCCUCAACUCCUUGUUUGAGAGCGUUCACGGGGUGCCACCCACACAGCGCUGGCAGCCUGACAGCACCUUCAAAGAUGACCCACAGGAGUCGCUGCUCUUCCCAGAUAUCCUGAAAACGUCCCCAGAACCCCCGUGUCCAGAGGACUAUCCCAGCCCCAAGAGUGACUUUGAGUACACCCUGGGCUCCCCCAAAGCCAUCCACAUCAAGUCGGGGGAGUCGCCGAUGGCCUACCUCAACAAGGGCCAGUUCUACCCCAUCACCUUGCGGACCCCAGCAGGUGGCAAAGGCCUGGCCUUGUCCUCCAACAAAGUCAAGAGUGUGGUGAUGGUUGUCUUCGACAAUGAGAAGGUGCCGGUGGAGCAGCUGCGCUUCUGGAAGCAUUGGCAUUCCCGGCAACCCACUGCCAAGCAGCGCGUCAUCGACGUGGCUGACUGCAAAGAGAACUUCAACACUGUGCAGCACAUCGAGGAGGUGGCCUACAACGCCCUGUCCUUCGUGUGGAAUGUCAACGAGGAGGCCAAGGUGUUCAUCGGUAUCAACUGCCUCAGCACAGACUUCUCCUCGCAGAAGGGGGUGAAGGGCGUCCCCCUAAACCUGCAGAUCGACACCUAUGACUGCGGCUCGGGUGCCGAGCGCCUGGUGCACCGAGCCGUCUGCCAGAUCAAGAUCUUUUGUGACAAGGGAGCAGAAAGGAAAAUGCGUGAUGAUGAGCGGAAGCAGUUCCGGAGGAAGGUCAAGUGCCCUGACUCCAGCAGCAGUGGCAUCAAGGGCUGCCUGCUGUCUGGCUUCAGGGGCAACGAGACCACGUACCUGCGGCCCGAGGCUGACCUGGAGACCCCGCCCGUGCUAUUCAUCCCCAACGUGCAUUUCUCUGGCCUGCAGCGUCCCGGAGGGGCAGUGCCCUCGGCGGGUCAGAGCAGCUCCAACAGGCUGCCUCUGAAGCGCACCUGCUCGCCCUUCGCUGAGGAGUUUGAGCCUCUGCCCUCCAAAAAGGCCAAAGAAGACGAUCUUCAGAGAGUCCUGUUGUACGUGCGGAGGGAGACCGAGGAGGUGUUCGAUGCUCUCAUGUUGAAGACCCCCGACCUGAAGGGGCUGAGGAAUGCGAUCUCUGAGAAGUAUGGCUUCCCUGAAGAGAACAUUUACAAAGUCUACAAGAAAUGUAAGCGGGGAAUCUUGGUCAACAUGGACAACAACAUCAUUCAGCACUACAGCAACCACGUCGCCUUCCUGCUGGACAUGGGGGAGCUUGAUGGCAAGAUUCAGAUCAUUCUUAAGGAGUUGUAAGGCCCAAGCAUCCACCCCCUCGGGCCCCCUGGGGUCGGCUCCAGGCAAGGAGCCGUCUGGGAAGUGGCCCCAAGCCACACACAACCUCUCCUCAUGCCUCAGUGCUGUUACUUGAAUGCCCUCCCUGAGGGAAGAGGCCCUCGCAUUGCAAACCCACAGAUGCCAAGGUCAGGAAGGGACCUGGGAAGUGUCCUGACCUGAACCGCAACCCGUGCUUGAAUCCAUGCUGGAUUUCCUGCCAGCGCUGGCCCAGCCAGAGACAGUGCCAUCUUGGCUAACGUCCCCACAGCCUGUCUCUUCCUCAGAAGACACUGUUCUCUCAGUCCAUCUCCCGGUUGACUGUUCAGAUGGGAAUAGUCAUCUGAAAGAAGGAAGUGGACCUUCUUUCCCACAGCUGCCUUGACUCUUGUCCAGCUUUCAUUCUGGAUUCUUCUAUCAACUUGAGACCCUUUGGUCAAUUAGCUGGACAACUCUUUUGAUUUUCAGUGUAAACAAUUUUUAAAUGUUACCAAAAUGGAAACAGUCUCUUUCACACGAAUUUCCUCAAUACAAGAUGUAAAUAAUCGAGCUGAUGAUUGGAACAAAGUGGCUGCUGUAAAAACGACAACUUCUGUGCCCGCUUGCUGAUGUACACAUUUCUUAUUUACAAUUUUCAUUUAUGUUAUAUAUAUAGAAGUAUAUAUUGUAUAUACGUGCCACAUUUUAUAUUUUUCAUGGAUACAUUUUUAUCAUUUCAAAAAAUGUGUAUUUCACAUUCUUGGACUUUUUUUUUAGCUAUUAUUCAAUUAUGCGUUUUGUAUGCUCGCAUGGUAUUUAGUAAUAAAAUUCUACCUAUGUAUUCCUUCAAAUACUACACCUGCUCCUUCUGUGAAAGUCUUCCCAGGAAGAGAGGGUGAGAGCAGAUUAGGCCCGCCUCCUGCCGUCCUGCGGGUGGCUUGCACCGGACUCGAAGGCUGGUGGCGCGUGCUGGGCACUGGAAAAGCAGAGGUGCCCCCUGGAAGGCAGCGGGGUCCUGAUGUCGAGAUCUCUGUCUGGCGCGGUCCCACAGGCUGCAUGUCAUGACCUCAGGACGAAUGACUAGAGAUGGAGAAGUCCCGGGAAGGUCCAGGAUGGCCUUGCCAAGGACCGCACAACUGGGGCCAGUAGGCAGAGCCCACGGCUGGGAGCCACGUGAACUGAGUUCUUGUGCCACCUCUAUCCCCACACUCUGGGCCAAGUCGUUUUCCCUGCAGCUGACUCGCAGCUUACAGAAACGGGUGCUCCCACCUCUUCCCAGCUCUGCCUCAGUGACAUCAUGGUGGUACGUGGGGGAGUAGUUAUACCCAAGAAAUUGACCGCUGCUACACAUCAAGGCCUUUAUUUCCUCUGGCAACAAGUGACAAAUCAGAGCAUCUCUUCCUCCCUCCCUCCCUCCCUCCCUUCACCAGCUUCCUAGCACACCACCACCUCUAGGCCUCAGUUUCUUUAGCUAUGGGUGAGGGGCAUGGAUCUACCUGGGUCUUUGUAACUACCAUCUUUAGAGCCACAGAGCUGAUUGGUGGGUCUCAGAGGCCACCUCGAUGUAGGGGAGGGUUUAGCUGCGGCCCCCGAGGACCCUCCGGACUUCGGUCAUGGCAGAUCAGCUUUUCCCCUUUUACACAUCAGGGUCUCCCAUAAACUUUUGUCUGAACAGAACUUUUAAAACCUUUGUAAACCACAGAUGCCUCCAAGGGCCUCUAAGCUCUGACAGUCAGAGCCAGUGGUCCUAAUUCCCACCUCCCUGCCUGGAGUCAGGGCCAGGGCUAGGGUCAGGCCGGCGAGGCCCGAGUCUCAGGCACAAAAAUUAGGAGGAGUCAAAGAGCUCAGUAAUCAAGAGAAAUCAAUGCAAUGUUUUUUUUUUUUGUUGUUGUGUUUUGUUUUAAUAAAGGCAAAAAAAAUCCACGAUGAACAAAAUGAUGUGUGAGGGCGGGAGGGCGGAGUGCGCAG